AUGGAAGGAAGUUCCACUAAUGAUCAAAGCACAACUAUAGAAACAACUUCAACAGUUGCAUCACCGGUGACUACGCCUCCACUGAUCGGUAGUGGGGGCAGCAUGGUUCUUGACACCGAUGAAGUGGGGUUGGAAGCUAGUUUCUUGAAUUCUCAUUCAAAAGUUGAUAUCGUCGAUAUGUUGAGGAAACACACAUAUAAAGAUGAGCUAGAACAAAGUAAGAGAAGCUGCAGCUUAAACAAAACCCCUUUUACAAACGGGUUUAGAUCGGGUGACAACUUGGUCAACGCCCGGGAACAACUUUUUGAGAAGACAGUCACCCCCAACGACGUCGGAAAACUGAACCGGCUAGUGAUACCAAAGCAGCACGCAGAGAAGCACUUCCUGUUGCAAAGCGUAAGCACUUCCAAAGGAGUUCUUUUACAUUUCGAAGACAUCGAGAUGAAAGUAUGA